AUGAUCAUGGAGGACUUGACCAAGUUGAAAAUCACGUGUACUGGCUUUAUUCGACUGAAGCCCGAUCUUGCGGAACGCAUCAUGGCAACUACUGCCCUCGGACAUGAUGAAUUUUGGUCUUCCGCACUGGCACAAACGCUCCGUGCAUGGAUUGAACCCUUCCUCUUCCGUGCAUCUGCAAUGUUGCCAUCAAAUACGUGCAUGGUACUCAGCAUGAAAUGGGAUGUUCCAGCCACGAUUGUCAGCCUGUCAAAUUUCUAUGUGAAUGGUAUGAGUCCUUGCGAAAUGAAGACGAAUAUGCCACGGAGCUUCUUCGUUAUGGACGCUAAGCUUUGCAAUCCCUCAGACAAUGUUCCUCAGGCAGUAUGUAAGAUGUUCACAUAUGGAAAGUUCUUCGAAGCCUCCUAUAAGCAAUCUGUCGUGCUCUCCAUGGAUCCCUACCACACUCCCGAUGACCAGCUAGUGAACCCUGAGCUAUGGCCCGAUUUAAUUGCUGCUAUUUUGGCACAUUGGAUUGAAAAUAGCUUUGCAGACCUGGGAAGUGAUGAUUGGUUUGAACUGUCACUGGAUCCGGGUAAGGCUUUACUUUCUCCUUCCAAAUUAUUGAUCAUCUCUAGCUCAGACACAGAGAUGCCGAACUCGAAGCACUUCACAGGCUAUGGAAUGCACACUUCCCAAGCCGUGACCUUCCAGUACCUCUACCUAUGUCGCGAUGCCAAACAUAGACAUUGCAAUCUGGAAAUGUUUUAUCAUCAAGACUUUGUUGUGGUGAAAUUCCCAAUGCUCCAUCCCAAGAUGUACGUCGACGCAAAUCUUGCGGAUCUGAACAUCAUCAAGCUGGACAAGAGUUAUCACGAAUUCUGCAUGGAGCUAGAUCAUUCCGCAGCACCGCCAGUGUAG